UACUCGAGCUCCGCUGAAGGUGCUUCCCCGCGUGUUUCCAGUUGCUUGCUGGCCCUUGAACCAUGCAGAGCGAUGACGUGAUCUGGCAAGUGGUCAACUACCAGUUCUGCUCUUUCAAGAGCAAGAUCGCGAAGGAGCAGACGUUCUGCAGGAACGAGUACAACGUGACCGGGCUCUGCAACAAGAGCUCGUGCCCCCUGGCCAACUCUCGGUACGCCACCAUCCGAGAGCACGAUGGCGUGUGCUACCUGUACAUCAAGACCAUCGAGCGCGCACACACGCCCAAGAACCUUUGGGAGAAGAUUAAGCUGUCCCGCAACUACGGCAAGGCGUUGGAGCGUGUUUCUCGAGAGCUGGAGUUCUUCCCGAAGCACUUGCAGCAUAGGAGCAAGCAGCGCCUGACCAAGAUCCACCAGUACCUCAUCAGGAUGCGCAAGCUUAAACUCAAGGCCAAGCCGAAGCUCGUCACCAUCAACCCCAAGGUGGAGAAACGCGAGAAGAUGAGAGAGAAGAAGGCAUUGGUGGCGGCUAAGCUAGAGCGUUCAAUCGAGGGGGAACUGCUGGAGCGGCUGAAGAAGGGUACCUACGGCGACAUUUACAACUUCCCGGAGGUCCAGUACGAAAAGGCGCUGACGGAGGCGGAGGACGAGUAUGCGGAGCGAAACCCAGAGGCGAUGGAGGAAGAGGAGGAGGAAGAGGAGCAGGAGGGAGAGGUGGAGUAUGUGGAGGACCUCGAGGAGGACGAGAGUGAUAUCGAAGACACGGCGGAGUGGGGGGGCUCAUUCUGGGGGGCACCGGGAUCGGCGGGCGGCCCGCAGGCGGCAAGAGGCGGGGAUAGCGAUAGCGACGAAGACGAUGACGAGGAGCAGCAGGAGGGUGGUGGUGUCGGGAAGGGCAAACGAAAGGCGAGGAGCGGCAAAGGAGAGAGGGGUGGCGAGGGUGGUGACGGACCGAAGCGACGAAGCGGGGCUACAGGCGGCGCAACCACGAAAAAGGCGAAACGGCAACCGAAGGCGAAACCGUCGCGCCCGUACGUGGAAGUGGAGUACGAGGAGGAGACGGAAGCGGCUGCUUCGGAGAGCAUGUCUUACAACUGGUAGUUGCUUGCUCGCCGCUGCCUUGUGGUUGGUAUCGUAUCCGUACCAUGGGUAGAUUUUGUUGCAACCGUAGCUUGGGGUCGUUGGUUUGCAAGUGCCGUAUUCAUGGUGCCCCGUCAUGCUCUAGGUUAAGCGGUAGUCGUUGUUGAAUCGGGCUCUGGAGAGGUUCCCUUGCAAGAGAGGAUGGGACGGCCGGGCGGGAGGGUCGGAUUGACUGCCAUUCUGGCUUAUGGAAGAGAGCGAGUUGGUUCAGUAUAAGUAUGAGCAAACCAGGGUGAGUGACUCUGGAAGGGCAUGGUAGGUGCUAUGGGUGUUUUGUGGUACUCCCUGUGGUGCGGGCAGUGCUUCUAUGCGCAAGCCGUUGAAAGCGUGACAGCGUAUGCUAGCGCUUGGGUCCAGCUCCAUGCAGCGCCGAUAAUGUACGUAAGAUAUGUCAGGCUUUGAUCGCAGUCUGGAAGAGUCGUUGGCGGGACCCCCAAUAUUCGGUGGACAUCGUUGUUGUGGGUUCUCCUCUCGUCCUUUGAACUUAACCCGUGUGUGGAAUUAAGUGUGAAGCGCGUCGCGCCCGGGCUGUUCUGGCUGUCGCUUUGCGGUCGGCUCGGGGAAGACAUUAUGCAUCUUCAUCCGUUCGUUCCCUUAAAGAGCUGAAACACAAAGAUCAGUGCCACUUUUGCUCGGAUGGCACGUGCGACCCCAUAGAAUUUUUCCGUACAAGCCGCGUUGUUUUCAUGGCAUAAUGCAAGAGGGGUGACGCUAGUGUUGCGAAAGGCUCACCUUGGUGCUAACGACGUGUUCUUGGUGCUAACA